GUCAACAAUACCAGCUGACACCUGUUGUGUGUUUGCGAACUUGACAAUUGGGGAAAUGGAUAGACUAUGAUCAGAUUUCAUAAGAAAUGUACGGAAUGUUCCACUUACCAGAUUUGCUGUUUCCUCCACGUUAAAUUUGUUAUUACUUUUUUUUGUACUGGCAACAAACAAAGUUUCUACGGAGAGUGAAAUAAAAGACUGAAAGUAUUGUUCGAAUGUUAUCAUUGUACGUUUUCAUUUAUUGAGUGGUUGGCUUGGAUGUUCUGAUUAGAGUAACCUGAUUAACGUCAUGUUUGCCAAAUGUUUGUGAUCGGUAGCGCUGUUUUCAUCAACUGCCAAAAAUAUACCUGAUUUGAAGAUGAUGCCACCGUGCAGUACAAACUACAGAGUCCGUGUUUGCUCAUGAUGGUAUAUUUUCUAGUGUUGCACCUUAAUCUCCGACUGUUGUGUCCGGAGGAACUUCUUUCUCGGUUACAGUACAAUCACAAAGCAUGCCACACACAUCGAAUUUUGCCACCGAAUACAGCUAUAAAUAAAGAUUUGACCAAAACUUUCCCCACAAAAAUCUCUACCUGCUGAACUGGAAAUCAGAAAGUUGCCUCCUCAAGCUUUAUUUCGUCUUGUUCAGAUACUCGAAUAUGGUGAAGCAUGGAAGCAGCUCAUGGCCAUUAUUCCUAAAACUGGAUCUGAUACAUCUGAGAUGAAAUACAAAGUGGAACAUGUAAAACUGAUUGAACAUCAUGCAAAUCUGCAGAAGCGACCUUGUGCAGAAAUCUUUUUGGAGGAGUGGAGCACUAGUGGAAGGAUUAGACCAAAUUUAGCAUUCCUGCUAGAACUUUUGGUUAAAGCUGAACUGUACAGAGCUGCAGAAUUUGUCGCUGGUGAUUUAUUGAAAGACAAACUGCCUGAAAGACCAGAGUCUGGGCCUGCUGCUGCUGUUGAUUUGUCCGAUGAAGCUUUGCAGAAACUUCUUCAAUCAAAAAACCAUGUUAAACCUUUGGCUGAUGUCAAUGGUUUGAUUGAUUCAUUGCCUAAGCCAUUGGAACGGUUGACAUUGUUUGAUGGAGCUCAAGAGACUGUUACUCCUGGAGGCGCUGGUAAUGUACACACGAAUAAUACUGAGAGAGGACAUGUGGGUGUAAAUGAAAGCAAUGAAACUAUAAAUGAAAUGCCAACAAGGAGAGUGGAUAGUAUUGAUGCACCUGUGAUCAGUAAUGAAAGAAAUGAGUACAGAACUGAUUCACCUUCAGAUGUGCAUCCUAAUAUAAGUACAUCAGUGCCAAAUUUUCCAUAUUCAUUGUUGGAUGAUAUUACUAACCAUUUCUGUGAAACCCCUGUUGUAGCAGGGCAGGAUUUAAGAAGUGGUCGAAAGUUGGGCACUGGAGCAUUUGGUUCUGUCUAUCUUGGAAUUUUACCAACAGAGAAAGUUGCUGUUAAAAGAUUAAAGAGAGAUGCUAUAAAUGUUGAGAAGCAGUUCCAAAAUGAAAUACAUACACUUUCAAGGUUUAGACAUGAGAAUCUAUUACCUUUGGUGGGUUAUUCAUGUGAUGGCCCCAAUUACUGUUUGGUUUAUGAGUAUAUGAGUAAUGGAUCACUGCAAGAAAGGCUAGCUUGCCAGGGCUCAACUCCUGUACUGAACUGGCAAACAAGAUUGGACAUUGCUCUUGGUACAUCAAGAGGAAUCUUGUAUCUGCAUACUGCAUUUGAGAAGCCUCUGGUUCACAGGGAUAUAAAAAGUGCAAAUAUUUUGCUGAACGACAGUUUGCAAGCUAAAUUAGGUGAUUUUGGACUUGUCCAUCUGGGUGCAGGUUCACAACAGACUCAGAGUGCUCUUCUGACAAGUACAGUAUUUGGCACAUCAGCAUAUAUGGCACCGGAAGCUUUUAGAGGAGAUGUGUCAGUCAAAUUAGAUGCCUUCAGUUUUGGUGUGGUGUUACUGGAACUUCUGACAAGCCUGUCACCCUAUGAUGAAAACAGAGAAGGUUGUGACUUGGUAACACAUGUUGAUGACAUUUGUGAAGGAUCCAUUGAACCACUUCUUGAUACCAAGGCUGGUAGUUGGACAGCAGAAAAUGGACAGAAGAUAUGUGAAGAACUUUAUGUUAUUGCCAUUAAAUGCCUGGAAGAAAAAAGAUUGAGGCCAAGUAUGGAUUAUAUAGUGAAUACACUAGAGAAUACUGCUGAAAAAUGUGGUUUUUUGUAGAGGCAAAUUGUAUAUAUUAAUUAAAUUUUAUUUUCAAAAU